GGGACAACAGCUUCUCAGACGUUUGGCUUUGACUCCGGACGAGGGGGCUGCUUUCAGCGAAAAUCUCCGCUCUGACAGUUUCGUCUCGUGGACAAAAAGGACGACAGUGUGGAGAUAUGAACGAGUCGCUGGUGGUGAAUGACUCCUCUGCGACUCCCGUGCCAGGAGAAGCUCUCCCAUGGAUCGAGGCUGAGUCUUUGGAGAACAACAGCAGCCUGGAGUACUCCACCGCUCCUUUAGAUUACCCCAUCAACCCAUGGGACAUUAUGCUGUGUAUGUCUGGCACCGUGAUCGCCUGUGAAAAUGCCAUCGUGGUAGCAAUCAUCUUCUACACGCCCACGCUGAGGACUCCCAUGUUUGUGCUGAUCGGGAGCCUGGCCACAGCGGACCUGCUGGCUGGCAUGGGAUUAAUCCUGAACUUUGUGUUCCAGUAUGUGAUCUCCUCUGAGACUAUCAGCCUUAUCACUGUCGGCUUCCUCGUGGCCUCUUUCACCGCCUCCAUUAGCAGCCUUUUAGCCAUCACGGUGGACCGUUACUUCUCACUGUACAACGCCCUGACUUACUUCUCAGAGAAGACGCUGCAGUACGUACACCUGAUGCUGCUGGGGACCUGGGGCGUGUCUCUGUUUCUGGGUCUGCUGCCGGUGCUUGGCUGGAACUGCCUGGACGAACCUUCGUCCUGUAGCAUCGUCCGACCCUUAACCCGCAGCAACCUCAUGCUCCUCGCCACCUCUUUCUUCGCCAUUUUCAUGCUCAUGCUAACCCUCUACUUUAAGAUUUGUAAGAUUGUGUGCCACCAUGCCCACCAGAUCGCCCUCCAGCAGCACUUUUUUGCUACGUCGCAUUAUGUAGCCACUAAGAAAGGGGUCUCCACUUUGGCUAUCAUUUUGGGAACAUUCGGCGCCAGCUGGCUGCCAUUCGCCAUUUACUGCCUGGUUGGUGAGAAGGAGUAUCCACCAGUGUACACUUAUGCUACACUCCUUCCAGCCACCUAUAAUUCUAUGAUCAACCCAAUCAUCUACGCCUACAGGAAUGCAGAGAUCCAGCGCUCCAUUUACAUGCUCCUCUGUGGCUGCUUUCAGGCCAACAAAGCCUACAGGUCCAGGUCGCCUAGUGAGGUCUAA